CGUGAAGCUUCGCGCGGGGAAGGACCGGAACUCCGGGCGGGCGGCUUGUUGAUAAUAUGGCGGCAGGAGCUGCCUGGGCAGCUAGAGGAGGCGGUGGGACCUACACCCGGAAGCGGGGUCUGUUUUCGGGCUAGUGCAGCGGCCUCUGCGGACCCGGAAGUCCGGGCCAGUUGCUGAAUGAGGGGAGCCGGGCCCUCCCCGCGACAGUCCCCCCGCACUCUCCGCCCCGACCCGGGCCCCGCCAUGUCCUUCUUCCGGCGGAAAGUGAAAGGCAAAGAACAAGAGAAGACCUCAGAUGGCAAGUCCAUUAGAGCUUCAGUGUCCGUACAUUCCCCACAAAAGAGCACUAAAAAUCAUGCCUUGCUGGAGGCUGCGGGACCAAGUCAUGUUGCAAUCAAUGCCAUUUCUGCCAACAUGGACUCCUUUUCAAGUAGCAGGACAGCAACACUUAAGAAGCAGCCAAGCCACAUGGAGGCCGCUCAUUUUGGUGACUUGGGCAGAUCUUGUCUGGACUACCAGACUCAAGAGACCAAAUCAAGUCUUUCAAAGACCCUUGAGCAAGUCUUGCAUGAUACUGUUGUCCUCCCUUAUUUCAUUCAAUUCAUGGAACUUCGGAGAAUGGAACAUUUGGUUAAAUUUUGGCUAGAGGCUGAAAGUUUUCACUCUACAACGUGGUCCCGAAUAAGAGCACACACUCUGAACACAGUGAAGCAGAGCUCACUGGCUGAGCCUGUCUCUCCAUCUAAAAAGCACGAAAGUACAGCAUCUUUUGUAACUGAGUCUCUUGAUAAGAGACUGGAGGAUUCUAGCUCAGCCCAGUUGCUUAUGACUCAAUCAGAAGGCAUUGACCUGAAUAAUAGAACUAAUAGCACUCAGAAUCACUUGCUGCUUUCCCAGGAAUGUGGUAGUGCCCACUCUCUCCAUCUGCAAAUGGCCAGAGCAGGAACUCAUCAAGUUUCCAUGGAAACCCAAGAAUCCUCCAGAUUUAUAGUAGCCAAUAGAAAUAAUCCCUCUUCUCCACUGAAGGAUUUAUCAGGAAAACUAAUGAAAAGUAUAGAACAAGAUGCAGUGAAUACUUUUACCAAAUAUAUAUCACCAGAUGCUGCUAAACCAAUACCAAUUACAGAAGCAAUGAGAAAUGACAUCAUAGCAAAGAUUUGUGGAGAAGAUGGACAGGUAGAUCCCAACUGUUUUGUUUUGGCACAGUCCAUAGUCUUUAGUGCAAUGGAACAAGAGCACUUUAGUGAGUUUCUGCGAAGUCACCAUUUCUGUAAAUACCAGAUUGAAGUGCUGACCAGUGGAACUGUUUACCUGGCUGACAUUCUCUUCUGUGAGUCAGCCCUCUUUUAUUUCUCUGAGUACAUGGAAAAGGAGGAUGCAGUGAAUAUCUUACAGUUCUGGUUGGCAGCAGAUAACUUCCAGUCUCAGCUUGCUGCCAAAAAAGGCCAGUAUGAUGGGCAGGAGGCCCAGAGUGACGCCAUGAUUCUCUAUGACAAGUACUUUUCCCUCCAAGCCACACAUCCUCUUGGAUUUGAUGAUGUUGUACGAUUAGAAAUCGAAUCCAAUAUCUGCAGGGAAGGGGGGCCACUCCCUAACUGUUUCACAACACCAUUACGUCAGGCCUGGACCACCAUGGAGAAGGUCUUUUUGCCUGGCUUUCUGUCUAGCAAUCUUUACUAUAAAUAUUUGAAUGAUCUCAUCCAUUCGGUCCGAGGAGAUGAAUUUCUGGGAGGGAAUAUUUCACUGGCUGCUCAUGGCUCUGUUGGCCCUCCUGAUGAGGCUAAUGCAGGAGGUUCUGACAGCUCCACUUCUCAGUCCAGUGUUAAAAAAGCCAGUAUUAAAAUACUGAAAAAUUUUGAUGAAGUGAUAAUUGUGGAUGCUGCAAGUCUGGAUCCAGAAUCUCUAUAUCAACGGACAUAUGCAGGGAAGAUGACGUUUGGAAGAGUUAGUGACUUGGGACAGUUCAUCCGGGAAUCUGAACCUGAACCUGAUGUAAAGAAAUCAAAAGGAUCUAUGUUCUCACAAGCUAUGAAGAAAUGGGUGCAAGGAAGUACUGAUGAGGCCCAAGAAGAGCUAGCUUGGAAGAUUGCUAAAAUGAUAGUCAGUGAUGUUAUGCAGCAGGCACAGUGUGACCAACCAGUAGAGAGAUCUACAAAGCUAUGACUCAAGACAUGAGAUAAAGGAGAUCUGCUUUUGAAACAUGAGAGAACUUUUCCCCUUGGUUGGAUUCUUCAACACAGCCAAUGAAAAUAGAGCACUGUAUUUGUUUCACUAAUAUAUCACUGUUGUUUCCAAGAAAGAAUGGGAGACAAUCCUAGACUUCCACCGUAUGCAGAGUUAUGUGUAGACGUGAUUGUUGCACAUGAUGUUCACACAGUGACAGUUACAAAGAUACAAAGUGGUAUUGUUUACAUUGCUAGAAAAUUAUUAGUUUUCUACUGGCAAUAACCUAUUUCUGAGAGAGUUUUAGCCCACUGUAAUAGACGGGGACCACGUCCUGUGGGAGGCAGAAUAGCAUAGAGCUGACAUUGGGUGCCAUCCUUGUAGCGGUAAUUCAUCCCUAGCAGCAGCAUGAAGCAGGUGCCAGAGGUGCUUUGCUUCUCCUCCUAAAACAAACAGGUGAAUCAGCCCCACCAAGAGCCAGGCAGCUCCAAAUGGCAGUGUGGUGCUAGCAGCUUGUUUUUCUUCAGUAGGACAAGGUGAUGGUUCAUUGUGCAAUCUUCCUUCACAGAGGCAUUAGUUUUGGAAGGAAUUUGACAGGUCAUGGGUCAGGUCCCCUUGACAUUGUCCUUCCUGAGAUGCAGUAUAUUUAAAACCAAUCUCUCCCCUGCUAACAGAAGGGUGAAUCUAGUUUACUUUGAGCAUUAGGAUGUACUCCUAUGGAACUCUGUGCUCCAGUUACUUAAUAAUAAUAAUGAUCACUCCAGUUUUUCCCUUGAACAAAAUAGUUCUUCCAAGAUUGUGCCAUUUUUUUUUUUAAUAAAAUGGGCAGGGUGGGUCAGGGGAGAGAAGUAAUCAACCUUGUUUGAUCGAUCCCUCCCUCCGCCGUUCAUUGCAGUGACCUGGGAUGUGUGCAGUUGGUGACCUUUUUUAUUCUGUCUUUAGGACAGUUGAAAGACUCACUGCACUUCUGCUGCGUCAGGACCACAUGGCCAUCAGCAGGGCCACCAGUUGGCAAGCACACUCCACUGGCCACGUGGUGCUAACGCUUCGUUCACACACGUAGCUAUUUGAGAGGAAAGGAAUUUCUCUUAGGUGUUAGUGCUUUUUGCUCAGACUUUGCAAAAAAAAUAAAAAUAAUAUAUAUAUACACAUAUAUAUACACACAUAUAAAUGUAUAAUUAUUAAUCACCUUUGUCCUUGAGAAAGUCUUGAAUGAAUAGAGAAUUUAUUCCAUUGCAAUAUUUGAUUGUAUAGAGGCACACUGUUUCAUCAACAGAAGAAGCAAAAAGGCUGUGUAUAAGUUUUUGGUACUAUGUACCACCUCUGUUAUUCUUCUAAAGCUGAAGUAUUCAUGUACUUAAACCAUAUUCUAUUUAAUUGUGUUUGAUUUAAAAAUAUAUCUAUAAAUUAUAUUUAAAAUUGUGUCAACUUUCUGCUUUCAGGGCAUUUAUGGCUCUUCUAUUGAAAUAUGUUGAUCCUU